GGAAACUUAGCUGUCAUGGAAUAAAGGGACAAGUACACGUGUGGAUUGCUAACUGGUUGAAAGACAGAAAACAAAGGAAACAAUUGUAUUAGAGAAUGGCUAUGCAACCAAAGGAAUCGGAAUCUGUACCGCCACCUCCAGGUUAUCAAGACUCAUGUUAUCCAGCUCCACAAAUCCCACAUGGAUUUCCUGGAUCUGCUAUUCCAGGUCAGCCAGGAAAUUAUGGAGCUCUUGCAGUUCAAGCUCAACCUAAUGCACCUCCUCCUAUAAUUUGGAUGCCAGCACCUCCAGCAGUUCCCAAAUGUCCUCCUGGACUGGAAUGCUUAAGCCAGAUAGAUCAGAUAUCAAUUGAACAACAGAUUGACCUCAUGGAAAUGAUAAGUGGCUAUGAAACAGCCAACAGAUAUGAAAUUAAGAAUACCCAGGGCCAGUGGGUCUAUUUUGCAGCUGAGGAAAAUGACGACUUCACUCUCAACUGCUAUGGGUCAUUGCGGCCAUUCACCAUCAAGCUCUUUGACAGCACACAACAAGCCGUCAUGCAACUGACAAGAUCUUUCCAGUGUUCCAUUUGCUGCUGUCCUUGUGUUUGCUGCUUGCAAGAGCUUGAAGUUCAGGCCCCACCAGGCACAAUCAUUGGUUAUGUUAAACAGAAGUGGCACCCCUGCCUACCUAAGUUUGCUAUCCAAAAUGAAGGUAGAAAGGACUUACUCAAAAUGGCUGGUCCGUGUGUGCCUUGCCGCUGUUAUAAAGAUAUUCAUUUUGAGGUGAAGUCACUCGAUGGGAAAUCUAAAGUGGGAAGAAUUUCUAGGCAGUGGACUGGUAUGGCCAGAGAGGCUGCUACAGAUGCUAGCAUCUUUGGAAUCCAGUUUCCAUUGGAUCUGGAUAUUAAAAUCAAAGCAAUUGUGAUGGGGGCUGCCUUCCUCAUGGAUUACAUGUUUUUUGAACGCACUGGUAACAGGCGAACGAGUAGUAGUAACAACGAUAACGGGAUGCACGGCGUUCACGGGAUGCACGGCGUUCACGGGAUGCACGGCGUUCACGGGAUGCACGACGUUCACGGGAUGCAUGACGUUCACGGGAUGCAUGACGUUCAUGGGAUACACUGAGAUCAUGGGAUACAUGGACAUUGCAGGUGUUAACUCACCCACUUCUGCACGAUGUAUUGUCUACUUUCUGACAUAAUGUCACUCUGUGGCUUGCUUACCAACAUUAGUUACAAAUCCAGUUUGUUGGAGGAAUUUUAAUUUUAAUUUUGCUUAUUUCUGUAAAGUAAAAUGGACUGUA